GGGCCUCGCCCCUGCGGUGCGCGCUUCCUGUGAGGUCAGGUGGGAGGAAACGGCCGCCGGUGGACGCCGAGCCCCGGGGAACCGUGCGCGCAGGGUUUCACUUAGCAGAAGCUGGCCUUUAACCCUUGACCUUCCCGCCUGUACCUCCUUGGAGUUCUGGUGACAGAUUACAGGUACAGCGGCAGAAAUUCACAGCCAACAGGGAGAAUGGUGAGGAUCUUGGCCAAUGGGGAGAUCGUCCAGGACGAUGACCCCCGAGUGAGGACGACCACCCAACACAGAAGUAGCAGUUCUCGGCAGGGCUUUUUCAACAGAGGCCACGGCGCACCUCCAGGGGGCCCUGGACCCCGCCAGCAGCAGGCGGGUGCCCGACUGGGUGCUGCCCAAUCUCCUUUCAGUGACCUGAACCGGCAGCUGGUGAACAUGGGCUUCCCACAAUGGCAUCUUGGGAACCACGUGGUGGAGCCGGUGACCUCCAUCCUCCUGCUGUUCCUGCUUAUGAUGCUUGGGGUUCGCGGCCUCCUGCUUGUGGGCCUGGUCUACCUGGUGUCUCACCUGAGCCAGCGGUGACCUCCGCGGGACUCAUGAGGGCGGGAGUGUUCAGUAGGAUCGACUGGACUGGGCUUCGGUGCGACAUCACGCACAGGGGGAGGGAGCUUGGGUGGGCUCAGAAGGUGUGAUGGGCGUGAGACCAGGACUGUAGAUUUUUCUCCCACUGCAGGAGGUAGAGGGGCUCUCUGGACCAGCAUUGCUGAAAGAGAGUCCUGUGGUUUCCUGGAAUGUUUUUAGGGGGGAUAGGGCUUCCGCUAAAAAGCACAAGAGAGAGUAAGAAAGGCUUAGUAUGUUGUAUUCUCCCAGAACAUAAAUCUUCCACCAGGCACAAACCUGGAGCUUAGAGCAGCUGGGAACUGACCAGAGUUUUAUAGCAUUCCUUCAUUUUAACGGUGUCUUUUUUAUUGGCUGAUCUUAUGUAUGAGGAAGGAUAUUGACAUUCUGUUUAUCAGGAUCUUUUCCUUUUGGUUUUCCAAGACAGAGUCUCACUAUGUAGCCUUGGCUGGCCUGGAACUCACCAUGGAGACCAGGUUGGCCUUCGGCUCACAGAGAUCCUCCUGCGUCUUCCUCCCAAGGGCUAGGACCAAAGGUGUGUGAUACCAUGCCCAGCUAUUGUGAUAUUUUCAAUAAAUAAAUUGAAGUCCCUUUUAAGAAGCCAGUGAAUGACUGACUCACAGCUGCCCAGCCUGGAAGACAGAAGGAAGAAGCUGAUGGGGAUGGCUGGGUUUGGAGAGGAGGUGGUAGGGCCUUUGACCUUGGUGAUGUCGGGGAUUUUUCUCAGUAAGACACGGCGCUGGGAGGUGAGGUGCAGGCCUGGACCCCUUGUGGAACUCUAGGUACCCCAAUACUCUGAACUCCAAGGCCAGCUUUUGGGGUGGGGGUGGAGUCCUUUGGAUGACUGGGGGCGUGUGUUAGGAGUGAAAGAAUGGAGUGCAUUGAAUGUCUGAGGUCUUUCCUGCUCAGGGGCUCGACCCAGGGGUUGCUCAGGUUAGCCCAUCCAACCAUCAGCGGCUCUCAGAAGCCCUGGCCGUAGUGAGCUAUCCUUAGCGGGUCUCAGGACCAGGCAGCCCUGAUUUCCUGACAGGAGGCAUGGGUUUGGCUCUUGAUCUCUAUCU